AUGGCUAAUGAUGAUGAUGAUGAUGAUGGUAGUGAUAUUAGUAAUUAUGACAUUGAUCUCAUCGAUCAUAGUCCUUUUCCUAAUGAUUGUCAAAAUGAAGUUCAGGGUAUUGAAUUUCUAUGCCAAUAUUUUAUGCAUCGUUACAAUGCUUGUCCAACUUUUUUCAUUGGUUCUCUUGAAGAAGCAUGUCAAGAAGCUUUCAGUUCAAUAAUAAUUAAAGAACGUCGUCCAGUUCUCGUCUACAUACAUCAUGAUAAAAACUUAUUAACAAAUAGAUUUUGUUGGAAUAUACUCUGUUCAGAAAUGAUUAUUGAUUAUUUACUUGAAAAUUAUAUUGUUUGGUCAUGGGAUAUUACAUUUGAAUCAAAUAGAAAUAUAUUGAUAAAAAUCUGGAAUAAGAUCUUUCCAAGUCAAACUUCGAUUGAUUUUUCUCUUGAACAAUGUCCAAUGCUUAUUGGUAUAAUGCGAGAAUCUUUAUAUAAAAAAGAUUCGUCAUCAACAUCAGAAUAUGAAUUUACAGUAUUAUUUAAAAAUGAAACUUUGACAAGUACUGAGGAGACAUUUAGUCUAAAAUCAAUACUCAACGAAUUGUCUAUAUUUAAAGAAGAAUGUGAUGAUAAUGAACAAGCUUUAGUAAGUCAUGGUUAUUUAUUUAUUUUUGUUUAA